AUGCGUGGGAUCGUCGAUACCACUCCAAACCCGUCUCUUCGCCAUUCCAGCUCUCAACGGCGCAUUCUAACCCAACUGCAACGCCCCUUCACACCUGCAUCCCUGCGCCUCUCCCGGCGCGUGCACCCACACCGUUCCCCGUCGCCGGCCGCACACUUGCACCGUUCGCCACACCCACACCCUCCCCAUCGAUCGCACUCGUCGUACAUGCGGGGACAACUCUCCGAGUUGCGCACCCGACGCUUCUUGUGCGCACAGGCCACCGCACACAAUCCUUUCCAGCCCCCUCUACACACCCCCGACACACCGCCGUCGCGCUGGCCCUGGCGUGCAGUGCCGCCCUCCAUGCUCGGGCCCGCUGCGACACCGCUCGACGCGUUCUGGCCGGACGGCGCAUUCCACCUCCGCGCGCUGCGUGCGCGUGCGUUAUUCCGGCGCGGUGCGCAGAGUGUCCAAACCCCAAAUCCUGUUUCUGGCUGGGCUGGAGUGGAACCGGCGCGCUGGUUGCACGAUGUGACUCCCGCGAAGUGCUUACGCUCGGAGCACGAUGCGGAGGGACUCUGCAUCCUGCGGGAUCUCCCUCCUGGCCACGCAGACGAAGACAAAGACGAAUAA